AUGGACACGACGCUCUGCAACCCGGUUCUUCUCCGCCUCAUCACUGCGUACCAGCACGGCUGGUGGCCUGACAGCCUCGUCUUCCGUGACGACCCGCUCAUCUUUGCGUCGUCCAACCUCCAGGAGGAAGUCGCUGCAUUUCGCGACCGGUUUGCUCCAUGGCUAGCGCGUCAUGGCCUCAAUGACGCCGUUGGCCUCAUGCAGCUGUACUCGCCGCUCGCUCCGUGCAUUGCGCUGCAUGCGGCGGCAACCGGCGACUGCUCUGGCGGCGCACUACGGGCACUAUGCCCGCUUUGA